GACUAUUGUGAAUCUAGUGCCUGUAUCUAGUCGUCUUUGAACUGAGUUACCUACUCCAUCAUCAGCUUUUCUGGUUACCGUGUUACCUUCCAGACUGUUGUUAUCUAUCAAGAAUUAAUGUUUGAAUCGAAGAAGUGGUGUAUUUCUUUUCUGCUAUUCACAUUUUAUUCUGCAAUAUACUGUCAGUCAACUAUCUUUGAUCCAGAAACUGGGAAGUAUUAUCCAAUAUCUGAUACAUCCCGUAUAGAAGAUAUACCAUUCUUGUUACCAGAUCCUGAUCCUAAAGAAUUUCCUCCAGAAUUUCUUGAAUCAUUGCUCAAACAUUGUGAUGAUCCUAUGCCAGGUUACAUAGAAAUGCUUUCAAAGGCAUGGAUUGCUUUCAAAGAACUAGGUCUUGAUUGGUCACGUUGUCCAUCAUUGUAUGUCUUCGCGCGUCGUAUCCUCAUAGCUAUACAUCCUAUGCAAAUAAUGCAUGCAGUGUUAGUGGGUGCUUUACUUACCAUUCUACGAAUUUUUAUUAAGCGGAGAUUUCACACGACAAUUAUUCACUAUGUAGGUGUGACCCCAGAAACAUCUAAUAAACUGAUAGAAUCCAGUUGGAAAGCUUUUUGGUUCCUGUCAAUGUGGCUUUUUAGCCUAAAAGUUGUAUUACUAAGUGGUAAAACAGACUUCCAAUAUCCUUUACGAGCUCUUCGUGGAGUUAAAUUUGAAGUUGGAUACUUCGACAUCCCAACUCCACCAGAUUAUUACUAUCUGUAUACAUUACAAUUGGGCUUUUAUCUACAUUCAUUUUGGAGUGUAUUUUUCAUGGAUGCAUGGCGUAAAGAUUCAAAUGUCUUAGUUGUUCAUCACAUUCUAGCUCUCUUACUUCUAGAAUGUUCUCUGGUUUUAAGACUUCAUCGUGUUGGUGUUCUGGUACUCUUUCUGCAUGAUUUAUGCGAUGUCUUCUUAGAAUUGGCUAAAGUAAAUAUUUAUCUACGUAUUCGACACGGUAAAUCUCAUCCAAUUCAUAUGACUAUUGCCAAUAUCUUUUUUGUAUUAUUCUCUACUUCAUGGGUUGUUUUACGAUUGUAUUGGUAUCCCUUGAAAGUAUUAUACGCUACUUCUUGGGGUGCUUAUAUUGCCUUAGUUGGACGAGAAAGUCGAGGUUUCCUCUUCUUUAAUUCCAUGCUAUGGGGAUUAUUUCUAAUGCAUAUAUAUUGGUUUACGUUCAUUUUACGUAUGGCUGUUCGACUAUUGACCAGUCCUUUGGAAGCAUGCGAUGAUGUACGCGAAGAUGAUGGUGUCUCUAGUGAUAAUAAUAAUAAUAAUAAUAGUAAUAAGAAGUCAGAUGAUGUUGAUAGUAAUAAUCUUAGUAAUCAUAAAACCGAAAAUUCACUGAAUACUCCCACCACAACAGUCAACAAUACUUCAACAACAACAACUGCAACUAAUAACACAAAUUCAUCUUCCUAUAUGAAAUCAACAAAACUGAUUGAUGGUAAUGAGUGUGGCAAUAAUAUUAAUGACAAUAGCAAUAAUAAUAGUAAGCCAUUGACCAAUGGAAGUGCAUGUGUAUCAAAGAGGUUCAAUUAGCGCAUAUACAAAGAGUGAGGUUAUAUUUGUAUACAUUCCCUUGUCUAUAUAAAUAUCUGUCUAUAAAUAUAUAUACACACAUAUACACAUAGUAUAUUGUUAUUAUUAUUAUUGUUAUUUUAAUAUUACGGAAUUACGUAACCCCUGAUACAAGCUAUCUAGAUUAGUUUGUUUUUAUUUUCUCUUAUUUUUCCCCUCCUAUUAUUACUAUUAUUAUUAUUAUUAUCCAGAAGGUCUAAACUUGACUUGAAUUUAUUUUCUUUCUAAUUUCCUUGUCUUUGUGUGUGUGUGUGUGUGUAAACACUACCUUUGACAUUUCCUGUGAUCUGUUCAUACACAAACACAUGCACAAGCACACAUACUCAACACCCAUGGGUUAGUGAGUCCUGUUUUUGUGUGUGUGUGUGUGUGCGCGCACUUGACCGCUUCUGGUGUUUCAUUCCAAUGUUAUCUGGAUCCUCUCUUCAACCCCCGCCCCCCAUUCCUUCUGACCUUAUCAAAACACAAUGAAGUUGUGCAAAAUCAUAUUUUCAGGGUACAUACAGUAAUGUGAAGAUGCGUACUCAGUAACAUUAUUACUAUUAUCACUAUUAUUUUUCCAUUAUUUGUAAUUUGGUUGGUUUAUCCUACCAAGAAGCACACGUCUGUGAUUUCUACUUCUAAUACAUCUGUUCCCCCACUCCACCCCGCCCCACGCAUUGCUGCAUAAUUUGGUAACUGGGCUGGGUGGGUGGGUGUUGAUGGAUGGAUGGGCAUAUGUGUAUGUAUAUGUGACUCUGUUUGUUUAUUAUGACAUAUCUCAUUAUCCUUUGACCAGUGUGGUUUUUAUUUGCCAGGGUUCAUUGGUUUAACUGUCUCUUCACUGUGAGGAGUGUAAAUUUCCCUCUGUCUGUCUCUGUUUGUGUGUGUGUGUGUAAAUCAAUGUAAGCAUACAACUUUCUCUGCUACGAUAACUGUAGAGAAGGAGAGAGAGGUGCGCACGUAAAAUGAUGUAUGAAUAAUAACAUCAAUGAUAUCAUCCAUGGAUCCUUAUUUUUUUGACAAUGGUCUGUAACUAACAGGAGCCUUAUUUUUCUCUCUCUGACCUUGUAUGAUUCCCCGUUGUUUAUUUAUCUAUUUGCCUUUAGUGUUUGAUUGCGUAUUUUCUUUUCGCCUUUAUUUAUUAUUUUUGUUCUUGUAUUUUUGAUUGUUUUUCCUUUCUUAAUUUUAUCUUUCACUAUUUUUGUUUGUUUGUUUGUUUAUUCUAUUCUUUUCACUUUUCUAAGAUAUACAUAUGUAUACAUAUAAAUAAGUAAAUAAACAAUAUUCUGUGG